GGACGGAUCUCUGCACCAAUCCUAAUUCUAAUAAUCCUUGGAUAAGUCAAUGGUCCGCAGCAUCUGUCAAUCACUGCCGUGCUAUAUAGAGACUGUAUUGCUAAGACUGUUGCUGUUAAUUGGAUGUACCGCAAGUACCUCAGUAAAGUUUAUGCAAGUUCAAGUUCAUCUCUAUUGUGGACUUUCAUUCAUUUAAGCACGCACCUAUCGUUUCUGGGAAGGGUGGCGAUAGGCCGAAGAUUUACCUCAGCGUAUUAAUCCCCACCCUGGCGUCGCGAGUGACAAGGGUUAAAUUAACCCCUCAUAUACCGAAGCAACACCCCAACUACACUACACCCAAAGGAAGUUACCACAUUAUUAUUUUGAAAAAAGUCCCCAACAGACAGUCCUGUUAAUGUUGGGUCCUAUUCACAACAUGUUUUCAGGUGUUAUAAUUGCUCUCCCAGAAAAUGUAAAGGACUAUUUGCUUGAUGACGGCACAUUGGUGGUCUCUGGAAGGGAAGAUUCUGCGGGAUGUUCUCAGCCAGACCCUAACAGUGAUGAGGAAGAAGAGGUGCAGUGGUCAGAUGACGAGAACACAACAACACUUACGGCACCAGAGUUUCCAGAAUUUUCAACAAAAGUGCAAGAGGCCAUUAAUUCCCUUGGAGGCAGUGUUUUCCCUAAGUUGAACUGGAGCUCUCCAAGGGAUGCCUAUUGGAUUGCAAUGAACAGCUCAUUGAAAUGUAAAAGCCUGAGUGACAUCUUUCUACUCUUCAAGAGCUCGGAUUUUGUGACACAUGACUUCACACAACCGUUUAUAUACUGUACAGAUGAUUCUCCUGAUCCUAGUGUGAAGUAUGAGCUUGUUCUCAGAAAGUGGUGUGAACUCAUUUCAGGGGCAGAGUUCAGAUGCUUUGUUAAGGAAAACAAACUCAUAGGUAUAUCUCAGAGAGAUUACACACAGUAUUAUGAACACAUCUGUAAGCAAAAAGAGGACAUCUGUAGAUCAAUAGAACAUUUUUUCCAAGAAAACAUCCAGUACAAGUUCCUUGAUGAGGAUUUUGUUUUUGACAUAUACAGAGACAGUGAGGGCAAAAUAUGGCUUAUAGAUUUUAACCCAUUUGGAGAAGUAACUGACUCCUUGCUAUUUACAUGGGAAGAACUGAUGAAUGGUCGCAUGCCAGCAGACGAGGAGGAUAUAGACCAGGAUUUACCUACGUUUCGUUGUACAACUAGUGAAGUCACAGUCCAACCUAGCCCUUACUUGAGUUUCCGGUUGCCUAAGGAUUUUGUUGAUCUUUCUUCUGGAGAAGAUGCACAUAAGCUUAUUGACUUUCUUAAACUGAAACGGAAUCAAGAAGAAGAGGACUCGGAUGAUUAGGUUAAUCCAUAAUCCACAGUUAGGGGGCUUUCCUGUAGGUGACCUUGUCUUUUAAGGAUUCCAAGAAACCAUCAUUGUUCAGAACCUGGUUGUGAAGUAAUCCCUUAACAGGCAAUACUUUCAAAGGGGAAGGAUAUUUAAAAAGAAAAGAAAAAAAUGUUUUUUGUCUUCCGUCUGAUGAACACAUAUGCAAAAUAAUGAGGUUUUCAAUCCUAUACCCUUAAAUAGAAUUUCUAUCUUUUCUUCAUUGCUAGUUAAACUUUGCUCCUGUCAAUAGGCUUUUGGUCUGUCACAAAUCUUAAUGUAUAAUGUUUCCUAUCCUCUCCUCACUGUUUCUUAUUCAUGGAUAAUAAACAGAUAUAUCUUGCUCUCUUUGGUACUACUAAUAAACAUAUAUUGUACAGUU